AUGGAUAUCCAGCAAAAUGAAAACAGACAAAUGGAAUUUCAGCAAAAUGUGAGCAGGCGGCUGGAAAGUAAACAUAAUGAGAAACAGGUAGAAGCUAAAUGUGAAAGCAGACAAAUGGAAGUGAAACACAAUGAAAAUAGACAGACAGAAUCAAAACAAAAUGAGAGCAGGCAAAUGGAGAUGAAACAAAAUGAGGGAAAACAAAAUAAUGGCAAGCAGGAAAUAAGGCAGAGGCCUGAAAUACUGAAACAGAAGAGUGAAGGCAGGCCCGAACCACCUAAACAUAGACAUGAUAACAGGAGGGACUCAAGUAAAUCAUUGUCAGAUAAGAAAAUUGAAAUAGCUAGGCAUAAACUAGACGUGAAAUCUGAUCCUUCAAGGAUAAAAUCUGAAAGUAGAUCUGAUCCAACAAGACAGAGGCCUGAUGGGCGUUCAGUUUCUGAUACACUGAGGCAUGACCAUGAUACCCUUAAACAAAGAUCUGAGGACAGGCAGGAGUCAGAGAGAUACAGAGGAGAUCCAUCCAAGAUUAGAAGGCCUGAAUAUUUGAGAUCCUCAAACAAAAAUGAAUGUGAUUCUAAGCAUGGUAUUAAAUCUGAUGGUUCGAAAAUUGAGAAAUUUGAAAGGAAACAUAGACAUGAGUCUGGUGAAUCAAGGGAAAAGUUUUCUUCUGGGGACCACAAAUCAAGACCUGACAGCCCUCGCAUUAAACAGGAAGGUAAAGGAGAUUCUAGUAAAUCAAGACCUGAUAAACCUGGCUUUAAAUCACCCAACAGCAAGGAUGAACGAAGGACAGAUGGUAAUAAGAGUAAAGUAGAUACUAAUAAAGCACAUGACAGUAAAGCAGAGUUUCCCAGUUAUUUGUUGGGGGCAAGAUCUGGUGCAUUGAAACAUUUUGUCAUUCCAAAAAUCAAGCGUGAUAAAGAUGGCAAUGUUACUCAGGAGUCAAGGAAAACUGAGUUUAAAGGUGAACAGAAGGACAAAAUAGAGAAGACUCUGCUAGUUGAAGAUCUAAAUAAAGGAGCUAAGCCUGUAGUUGUCCUUCAAAAGCUUUCAUUGGAUGAUGUGCAGAAAUUUAUUAAGGAUAGAGAAGAUAAAUCAAGGGGCUCUUGUUUUAAACCUAACAAGAACAAGUCAUCCAAAUCUAAUAAAGGUAGCAUAGAUCAGUCAGUGUUAAAGGAGUUGCCUCCUGAGCUCCUGGCAGAAAUUGAAUCCACCAUGCCGCUUUGUGAACGUGUGAAAAUGAACAAGCGCAAACGUAACACAAUGAAUGAGAAACCAAAAUAUGCUGAAAUCAGUUCUGAUGAAGACAAUGAUAGUGAAGAAGCUUUUGAAUCUUCUCGUAAAAGACAUAAAAAGGAUAGAGAUGAAGCUUGGGAGUAUGAAGAACAUGACAGAAGAAGUUCUGGUGACCAUAGGAGAAGUGGUUAUUAUCAUGAAGGAAGGAGGACUCCUGGUAGUGGCCGUUACCGUAAUCGCAGUCCCGAAAACUCUGAUAUGGAUGAUUAUUUUCCUUCUCCUAGUCUCAGUGAGGUGGCUAGAAAAAUUAAGAAAAAAGAAAAACAAAAGAGGAGGAAAGCGUAUGAACCUAAACUAACACCUGAAGAAAUGAUGGAUUCUUCAACUUUCAAAAGAUUUACUGCUUCAAUAGAGAAUAUUUUGGAAAGUUUAGAAGACAUGGAUUUAACAGCUUUUGCUUUUCCCCUUGUGUACAGGAGCAACCAAUAUUGGCACAAACUGGUCCUCUGGUUCAGCUGCAGUGAUUAUCACUUUGUUGGAGUGGUUGCAGUAUCUGUUGUCGGGGUUGGUGCAGCCACUGUGUUUGAGUAG